GUACCCAGAACAGCAGGAGUAGUUUACAUAGGUUUUUUUUCUUUAUCUACUUUGCUGUGUCUUUAGAUUGAAAUUAAGAUAGAUUUUUAUCAAUUUGAAAUAAAAAAAACUACCCCAAUUGAGGUAUGAUAAUAGCAGAGUUGUUUUAGCACUUUUAAAUAAAGUGGGUUAUUCAAAGAGAACGACAGCAACACUUCAAAACUAGACAGAAAACGAAUAACAGUAGCGAUUCAUUGCUGACACCGAGUUAGUAAAGUUAACUUCAGAUUUAUUUAUUUGUUGGUUCAUUUAUUUAUUCAUUUAAAAACAAAGUUUGGAGUUUGGUUAGAAAUUUAUUUGAACAAAACUCACACAGUCAAACCAAAAGUUAUCAAACCCCCGACUGCAUUUAUAUUAAAAAUGAUUUCUCACUUUACAAAGCAGCUUGUUACCGACUGGAGACGAAACGGGCGUCUCUUAAAAGCAACUUUAAAAAGAACAGAAUAGCAGAGGACAAAAGAGAGUUGCAAAUGUAAAUCCCACCUUUACAUUUACAUUUGGUCGAAUUUACAUUUUCUUUUGAAAGACUGCAUGAAAAUUAUUAAUGCUCUUCUAAGCAAUCAGCGGAAAAUAUUUUUAUUGACUAUUCAGAAACUAAACCCUACCUAUAAUUUAGCAGCCUAGCUUUGCUGAUGAAGACCUCCUUGCCAUCACCCUCAUUUUUAGCUCCAUUCACAGACUCUCUACCAGAUUCAGAUCAUGAACUUGGCGGGAGUUCUUCCAAAGCAAUAUUACUUGCUGUCUGGAGAAACAAGUGACCUUUUUUUUUUGCUAAUCUUUCUGUUUUCGUUUGCAAAAAUAAAAAGUUGGAAUUGUUCCUCCUGCUUUACUUCCCUCCGUCUCGUUUAGUUUACCCCAGGUUGCCUAUGUGCCCUCUCGUGUCCACCCUCAGUCCUCAUUCUCCAUAAUGCCCACAUUUCCAUGUCAGCGUGACUUUUGACUUUACCUCCAUGGAAGCGUUACUCACCCACUCUCCACACACCCUCCUCAGGGUUCCCCCUCCUUCCUCCCUCUUGCUGAGUUUAUAAGUCAGAAACGGCAACGUUUAGCUCACUGAGCAGAGCUUUACGCAAAGGGAAGGGGGAGUAAAUGAGAAAACAAGAGCAGCGCGAGUAAAUCUAAACAAAAUUCACAGAAAAACAGAAUUAACACAGUAGAACAAGAGGAGGUAGAGCCCUGUCAUGCAUGUGUUUAAGGUGUGGGGUGUGCUCUGUGUGCUAAGCGCUGCUGGUUCGUCUUUAUGUGUGACUGAGAUUGAGGACGAUGACGGCUUUGCAGACAGCUACGGCAACGAGAUUUCUCUGGACCAACAGCAGGAGUCAUCAAACACACCGUACCAUGCAGGCCUCUCCCACUGGGACAAGCUUUUCAUCGCUCUGGAGGACUCCCACAUGAGGCAGAACAUGCUGCUGGAGUCGGCGGAGCGGUGCUGCGGAGGAAUGGCGCCUCUGAGGAGCCAGCUGGACAAGCUCCUCAGGGGGGCGUCGCAGCAGAGCUCGCCGGGUCAGGGGUCAGCGUGCAGGGCGCAGGCGGAACGCGAGGCUCUCGGGCUGCACCGCGGCCUGGCAGAGCUCCGCCGGGACGGGGCAGAGAUGGAGAGGAGAAUAAACGCCACCUUGCAGGCAAUCCUGCGCGGCAGACACGAGGAUGCGGCUCGGCUGAGUCGUCUCGAGGAGGCCGCGUCAGAAAGCAGGAGUGGCGGCAGCGAACACCAGCCGACUCAGAGGCCCGGAGGUUCGGGCAGAGCGUUUAGCUCGGGGGCGAAUUCAUUCCCGUCCGAGCUGGAGGGGCAGGAUUUGUCCUCACAGGUGGACCUGGAUAUGAUAAGAGGCUCUCUGGUCAUCAUAGCGAGAGACGUGCAGAGGGUUUACCUGCAGCUGAGCACGGCCAUCGAGCAGGUGGGAACUCUGAGCAAGGGCAGAGGAGACACAUGAACUGCCUGCAAAAUAACUAUAUGCACAGCAAAAAAAAACAAAACAAAAAAACUGGCAUUUUGCUUACUUUUUGUUUUUAUAUAUAUAUUUAUACGUCUAAGAGGUUGUUUUUGUUAUACAUGAGCUUGUAUUUUUCUGCUGAGUACAACUCUGAUGCGACAUUAAGAAUCGUGUGGGCUUGCUGUAAUGAAUAAAAAAAUCAAUUAAAAAGUAAAUCGCCCUCGUGGAAAA